CCUUAACAAAAAAAUCAAUUUGUCGUCUGUUGGAUUGAGUCAGCUUGAGAAAUGGAUUUAGAUGUAUUUGGUAGCUCUGAGUGGAACUAUUUCCUACAUAAUCAAACAACUUAUUCAAGUACUCCCUCUACAGUAUAUCCGAGAAUGAGUUCUGAGAGAUAUCCAGAAAUACCACCUCCCAAUUCACCAUCAGAGAGCUCAGUGGAUUCAAGCACAGCUGGAUGUACAGCAGAAGAAACGGGGCCUACAUUGAGUGAGUAUCCUGGACAAUCAGAAACAAAUUUUAAUCAGAUACCCGGUAGUGAAGCAGGUAGUUUCUCCGACCAACGUUCGAACAAUGCAACUGCUCCAUUUUCAAACCAACAAGGUUAUACAAAUCCUUCUUAUGGCAAUAAUCCAUCUGCUACAUCAUAUGUACCAGGUACAACCUCAUUCAAUAUUGAUUAUGCAAGUCAAAUGCAAAGUCCUUAUAUUGCUGGAAAUCCUACUUCACAAAAUUUCCAAACAAACUACUUUCCCACUCCCCUUUCAUUUCAGUCGACUGAGUUUUCAGGCUCAUGCAGAGUUUAUGGGUUUGCUGAAUCAGCUCCACAUGAAGAUAUAAUGAAACCAACAUUAGGACCUAAGCAAGAUUUCUGUGUUGAACAUGACUGUAAACGUUUAAAGAAAGCUAUGGAUAGAUUAAAGACAAAAGAAAGCGUAAUAAUUGAAGUAAUGGGUCGUCGACCUGUUGUUCAACGUGUAGCAAUUCUACAAAAAUAUGAAUCACUGUAUAAAGAAAAUUUACCUUCCAAAUUUAGUUCUGAAUUAGCUGGAUAUUUAAAAGAUUGUCUGAUUGCGUUAUGCUUUACACCAGCAGAAUUCGAUGCAAUCGAACUACGUAGAGCAAUGAGAGGACCUGAUACCGAUGAAGAUACAAUAAUUGAAAUUCUUUGUUCAAGAACAAAUGAACACAUCAAAAGAAUCAAGAAUGUUUAUCCAAAACUAUUCAAUGGACGUGAUUUAGAGGAUGAUGUAAACAGUGAUAGUACAAAUCAUUUCAAACGUAUAUUCCUAACUCUAUUAAAAGGGGAUAGAGAUGAAUUUACAUUUGUAGAUAGAAAUCAUGUACAAAGAGAUGUGGAAGAAUUAAUGAAUACAGUUAAACAAGAUAUUAGAAUAGAUGAAUCAAAAUUCUUUCCUAUAUUGGCUGCAAGAUCGUAUGCUCAUUUACGAGUUGUAUUCAAUGAAUAUAUGCGCAUUGGUAAAUAUAGUAUGGAAGAUACUUUAAAGUUCAGAAUGAGUGGAAAUACACUCAGUGCUUUACUUUCUAUAGUUCGUUGUAUACAAAAUAAACCACGAUAUUUUGCGGAAAAAUUAUUAAAAGCCAUGCAACAUGUUGAAGCAGAUGACACAACACUUAUUCGUAUUAUUGUCUCUCGUUGUGAAAUUGAUUUGAAAAAUAUUUUGAAAGAGUUUUAUAAAAUGACAAGAAAAACUUUGGACGAAUGCAUAUGUUUUGAUAAUGGAUAUUUUGUAAACGAAGUAUCAAACCAGAUAAAUCUAUUUAUCGAUCCCGCAUUAUGGAAUAGAACACCAAGUAAUUAUCGUCGGCUGUUAUUGAAGCUUAUCAGGGGAUAAGUAAAUUCGUCAAACAAUUACGAAUUCAUUAUUUAAACGUCAACGACUUUCUUCUUUACAAUAUUUACUUGCUGAUGUUUUAACUCACAAUGAACAAAAGUAUUUGCCUCAUUUAACAAACACCAUAUUAACAAAUGAAAAUAUUGUUCACACUUAAUUCCUAUCUGCCCCCUCCUCUCUCCCUUUCUCUCUCUUUCACUCUCCCUCUCUCUCUUGCUCUGUCUUCACCCUCUACUCCAUUUGUUUCAUCUCCUACGAAGAUGUAGUAAUAAGAUAUAUUUGCUUAACUGUUUUACCUAAAUGAAUAAAUGGAUUUGUUCUGAAAUUAUUUUGGUAAAGCAUUUACUGAGAGUAGUGAGUGGAGUGAAGCAAGUUGAAAAUAGGUGAUAGAUAUUAGCAUACUCAACUGAAUGAUCAUUAAGUUCUUUAUCGUGAUUACCCUGAUAAGUCAAAUCGGUGAUCAACUAAAGAGAGAUACAUUCAGCGUCAGUUCAUG